AUGAGGACAUCCACGGUGGCAUGGACCGCCGCUGUGGCGGUCAUGUCCAUGGGUGGACAGUACACGAAAGCGGAGGCAGCGCCCGCUCAAAGGCAGGAACAGGGACAGGAACGGCCGAAAUACUACUACCCGAAACAUAUCAAGCGAGAAGCACCUUUCACCAACACAUCGACACCCGCAGAUACCAGCUCGACGUCCUCGAGUGCGUUCCUGGUUGACUUGUCGACUUCAUCAUCACCUGCGCCUUCUUCACCGCCGGCAAAUCCCACGAACGAGGAAGGCAAUUUCUUCUUGAGUAUAUGGGAGAGCAUGAUGGGUGGCAGCCUACCGAGCUCAGCGAACACCGUCCUAACGACGACUUUUGGCGAGGGAGAUCCAGUGACAAGGACGGACACGAUAACAUUUACCGAGACUUCCUCACCUGGGAGCCCAGCGUACUUGACGAGCUCAAGCAGUGUGUCGACUUCGUCUAGCCAGGUUGUUGUGGCGCCGAUAGGAUAUUCCAACUCCUUCGGACCGACUGCGUACUCGACAAGUAGCAGUUCGAGCAGUACUUCUGCUGCGGCAUCAAGCUCCUCGGGUUCGAGUACCGUGGCGGCUAGCAGCAGUAGCUCUUCGUCCUCUGUUGCCGAACCUACAACUUAUCCUAGCACUGGCUCCUCUGCGUCAAGCACGAGCAGCAUCUCUUCUGUGCCGCCGCCACCACCUUCCACGAGCAGCACCAGCAGUAGCUCAUUUGUGCCGCCACCCCCUCCCUCAAGCACCACCAGCAGCUCGGUGGCGGACGCAGCCAGCUCUUCGGAAGCAUUGACGACAUCUAGCUCAUCCUCUCGACCUGCUUUCUCCCUGCCGUUCAGUGUCACAUUUCCCACCUUCAACAUCAGCUCUGCUUUCCCGACAGCAUACUCGACAUCCUCCACUAGCACAUCUGUGGCGACCACAUCGAGUACGCAAAGUACAUCUGUCGCGACUUCCACGACGACCUCGGUAGCAACUUUGUCCAGCACAAGCUCGUCUUCAUCCGAUGGUUUCUUCGGCCAGAGCAGUUUCCGGUCCGGAUUCCGCCCGAGCGAUACUUACUCUGCUCCCUCGGGUGGUGUGCUUCCCACAUCCAUCCUCCGACCAACUUACUCCGGAAGUGUCCCCGAAUCCAGCUCCAUUGCUGAGGCCGCAAGCGCAUCAUCCAGCAAUGCUACCGAGACUACUACCGAUCUUCCAAGCUCUGGAAAUGCGGCUCCUACUGGAUCGAUACCUGCUUCGAUCGUUCAGCCGAUUGCUUACUCCACUCCCGCGCGUGCCGGAAUAUCUUCGAGGUCUGCUUCCAGUUCACCUCCUGCUUUGAGCAGUGGUACUGGAAGCAGUGUGGCGUCUACUGGUAGCAUGCCGGCAAGUGAAGUCUCGCCUACGGCUUCUGCUAGCAGUGCUUCCUCCAGCAGCGUAGCAGCAAGCAGCGCCGCGUCUAGCGUGGAAGCAUCGGGCACUGCACCGUCGCGUGGCAUGCCUACCUCUGUUGUGCAACCCACAGCAUCUGUCAGCAGUGCGUCGCCGAGCGGCACAUCCUCGAGCGCCGCCUCAUCAGGAAGUGUACCAGCAAGCAGUGCGCCAUCGAGUGGCAGCCUUCCUGCGUCUGUCAUCCAACCAACAGCAAGCAGCUCGUCCAGCGCCUCUUCCACUGGUUCAAACACAUCCGAAGCUCCUACGCUUGUUGGCUUGACGACCAUCAUUGCGAGCACGCAGUUCGUCAGUCCCGUUCCGGUCAACCCGCCCACUUCAUCAAAGACCUCUGGUACAGAGAGCAUAAGCACGUCGACCUUGCAAGCUGCUAGUGGCGUUACAGGCCUCCUCGGCUCAGUGGCUUCAGCACUCACUGCCACGGGUGGAAGUGCUCAGUCCUCCUCUGUGGUUUCGACCUCAAGCAGUAAUGUUACUGGAACUCAAGUGCCAGCUUCCGGCGCUCUACCGAGCGGAUCUGCUUCUGAAUUAAGUGCGAGCGUGUCCGCUGCCUCUUCGUUGUCAAUUCCUGCUGGUAUCUUCCCGACCGAGCAGGGUGCAUCUGGUACGACGUCUGGAACUGGCGCGACCACAACCCCACCCAGCGCCGCAAGCACACAGGCGUCAUCAGCUCAGAGCGAAGUCCAGAACGGCACGAGUCUAUCAACAGUCACCAAUGCCUCUGGUAGUACGCUUGUUGUUCCGAUCCCGUUUUCACUACCGACUACACUCUCCUUGCCUGGUACAAGUGGUCAAGCGCCAGCCUCCACCACUGGAGCAAGCGUCUCCGUUUCUGGUACAGCUCCAGCAAUCACGACUUCAUCUACAGGACUACCAGUCGUUGCGCCUAGUGAGAAGUUGUCAAGCCUGAUUACUUCUGUAGCCGGCGCUGCCACAAGCGGGGCCUCAGUCAUCGAGUCUUCGGCUCAAGGCGUUGCUUCAAGCCUGGUCAGCGAGGGCUCUUCGGUCGGCGCAAGCGUUACCGCUGCUGCGUCUAGCGCUUUGUCAAGCCUGGCAGCGUCGAUCAGCUCUGAGCUUACGGCUGUGGCUGCGACGGUCACAGAUCCUGCGGUCUCGAGCUCCCUGGCCUCCGAUCUCUCGAUUUUGUUGUCCAGUGUUUCAGCCUCUUUGAAUUCCGAGCUAUCUACGCUUACUGCGCAAUCUGUCAAUGCCCCUUCGACCACAGUUUCUGGAGCUUCCUUGACGUCAACGACCAUUACUGGCUCAUCUGGACCAACUGUCGUUCCGAUCCCAGUGUCUGCUGCGAGCACCUCGCCGUCCUUCACUUUGAGCACAUCAUCGGGCUCAGAUGGCGUCACAGCUGUUCCAGUGCCCGUCACGACAGGAGCCAGCUCGCUGUCUCCAGCCGACUCGUUUGUGUCCUCGGCGCAUUCGGCUUCGGCCUCCGCGUUGGCAUCUUCGGCCUCUGCUUCUGAAGCAUCUCAGUCUGCUGCUCAAGCAUCGGCGUCUUCGGUCAGUGCUUCAUCAGCCAGCUUGUCAGCAUCUACUGCUUCUAGCAGUGGUGAGACCGGCGUUGCCGGAUCUACCAUCUCGACAUCUAUCCCGCUUUCGAGCGGAACUACCGUCGUGGUUAGUUCACAGUCAGCAGCUUCUGCUUCUUCUACAGGAGUUACGACGACAGGACCCACGACGGAGCCGACUUCAACAGCGCCAUCAAGCUCUGCAUCGGGGUCUAGCAGCGCAGCUUCGAGUUCGCCGGUGUCUUCUGGAACAGCCGUAUCUGAGUCUGCCGCGCCCACCAGCGUAACAGCAUCAGCAGCAUCAUCCAGUUCCGCAGCUUCUUCAGGUUCAGCUGCAUCGCAAUCCGGCUCAACAACUGUCGUCGCCUCCACUGGCGGCUCGAUGAGCAGUCCACUCUCUACCAGCCCAACAGGAUCGUCUGGAACACCUGCUUCCGAGUCCGUAUCGUCGACAGUCUCAUCUGCUGCAUCUUCGGCAAGCCAAUCAGAGACCACUACUGUUGUCGGCAUUGGUUCCAGCUCCGCGACCAUUACUUAUGUGCCUACCAGUUCGCUAUCGGGCUCCACGUCUCCAUCAGCAGUGGAGAGCUCUCUCAGCUCCGGCUCGUCGGUUUCAGUAACUGCUGUGCAGUCUCCAAGCCCCUCGUCCUCGAGACCUGCACCUACAUCGAUUGUUGCAACUGGCACAGAUAGUGCGACUGCCUUGGUUGUUCCAACGAGCUUGACUUACGAGCCCAGCUCCAUGUUGCCAAGCACUGCCACAUCCUCUGGUAUUGUGACGCAGACCGGCACUAGCACUUCUGUCUCAUCUGGUCUGCCCACGCAGAUGCCUCGCUUGGUGCAGCCUCCGGGCGGUAUUCCUCCACCGACACCUAACACCACGCUUGUGCAGCUGGGUUUCAACUACGAGCUCAACUAUCCUUUCGUCGUGGGCUCGCGAAAUGCCACUGCGCAGGUCUUCGCAUACCUGCCGCAGGGUGUGGCGUAUGGUCUUGGUAUCUCUAAGGACGCUGUUAGCAUGAACGCUCUGCUCCCAUACGACACAUCAUCAUCGCAGGGCUUCAUCACCACGCUCGCCCAGGCAUACAUUCCAAGCAACAUGGUCACCGCGCUGCAACAGAGUCUUCAUGCACCGAUGAGCAACGUCUACUCCAACCCUGACCCGACGGUGCACACGCUCAUGAGCAUGAUCAAUCCAACCAUUCCCCUCAUCCCGGGUGCAAACCUGGACAAUGGUGUCGCGACCUCGAGCUACAAUCCAGGCGCUACCACAUCAGCUUCAGCAGGUGACGGUGCACCGAUCGGUGGCGACUCAGGCAGCUCACAACCCGUGCAAGGCAAGUCCGUCGGCAUCGGUGUCGGGGCUGUGGCUGGUGCCGCCGUGUAUGCCGCAGCUAUGGUCCUCAUUGCGCGCAGAUAUCGCAAGAACCGCAAGAACCACAAGCGUGCUAGCUCCGUCCCCACCGUAGGUGAGAUGAGCCAACGGUCUGGUGGUGGAAUGGGAGGCUACUUCAUGUCUGGUGCUACUGGACAAAGACGAUCACCAGCAAGCGGUGGACGAGGAAGUCGGCAAAGUGCAGGCAGCAGUAAUAAUAGGAGUAUAAGAGAGCAGGGUAUAUCCAACCCAAUCAUGGCUGAGAACAGCCUGGGUUGGAACUGA